AUGAAAAAUCCUAAAUCACAGCGAGGUACAACGGAGAUAUUUGUACUUUCUGAAAGGCCGCAAUCUGAUAUAAACCAAGAAAACGGAAUGAAAAUACCAGAAGAAACGGAAACAGAUCGAGCUACUUGGGGAAAUCCUAUUGAGUUUCUCAUGUCAUGCAUUGCAUACUCUGUUGGUCUUGGUAAUGUUUGGAGAUUUCCUUAUACUGCAUACGAAAAUGGUGGUGGUGCAUUUGUUAUCACAUACAUUAUUGUUCUUUUCAUGGUUGGAAAGCCAGUGUACUACAUGGAAUCAAUGCUCGGGCAAUUUACGAGUCAAUCAUGUGUUAAAAUGUGGGCUCUUUCCCCAUCUUUUAGAGGUAUCGGAUAUGGAAUGACCAUAGCAGUAUUUUUAGUACAAACUUACUAUUCAGGUUUAUCGUCUAUCAUUUUAUAUUACUUAAUAAUAUCCUUCCAGUCGACGUUACCGUGGUCUCAAUGUUUUCCGGAAUGGAGUGAACCUUGUUUUAACUCAUCAAGUCCACAGUCUUCAGGUAUCAAUUCUUCAAAGAGUAGCGCAGAACAUUUUUUCUUCAAAGAGGUCAUUAAUGAAAGCAGAAUAGAAAAUGGACUUGGUACUCCUUCAUGGCGAUUGGUGUUAUGUCUUCUCACUACUUGGGCCAUUAUCUUUUUAGUUCUUUUCAAAGGAGUGAAAAGUGCUGGAAAAGCAUCAUAUUUUCUGGCAAUAUUCCCAUAUUUUAUGAUGUUCAUGUUGUUUGGAAGAGCUAUAACUCUAGAAGGUGCUAUCGGAGGAAUAAUAUAUUUUUUACGACCAGACUGGAGCAAGAUGACUGAUCCAAAAGUGUGGUAUGCCGCCGUUACUCAAUCUUUUUUUUCACUUGGUGUUUGUUUUGGCGGCGUCAUAAUGUACGCUUCCUACAACAAAUUUGAGCACAAUGUCACAAGGGACUGUAUGAUCGUUUCAACUCUCGAUCUUUGUACAAGUCUCAUAGCAGGUACCACUAUUUUUGGAAUUUUAGGCAAUUUAGCUUUCAAAUUAGGAACCGAUGACUUCCAUUCAGUCGUCAGAUCAGGAAGUGGAUUGGCAUUUAUUUCUUAUCCAGAAGCUUUAGCGCAAUUUUCUGUCGUUCCAUCUGUAUUUGCAGUCUGUUUUUUCUUGAUGUUAUUUACACUUGCUAUUGGUUCAUCCGUGGCUUUUUGCAGUACUGUCAUCAGUGUUAUUAAAGAUCAAUUUCCUAGAUACUCACAAUGGAAAAUUGUACUCGCUGUUUGUACAGUUGGCUUUGGUAUUGGAAUCUGUUACUGUACACCGGCCGGAUUAUAUAUGAUUAAUUUAGUAGAUUACUUUGGAGGCACAUUUAUAAUUAUGGUUUUAGCGAUGCUAGAAGUUGUUGGUGUUUCAUGGUUUUAUGGAAUCGAUAAUUUUCUGGACGACAUCGAGUUUAUGACAAAUAAAAGACCGUUUUUCUUCUGGCGCAUUUGUUGGGUCUUCUUAACACCAAUUAUGCUCUUCACAAUAUUAAUUUAUUUUUUAAUCACACUACAACCACUUACAUACAAUGAUGAAUAUUAUCCAACUUCUUCAUAUGUUGCUGGUUGGGCUUUAUUAGCCUGUGGAGUAUUGCCGUUUAUAAUUUUAAUGUUCACCACCAUCAUACGUAACAAAGAAAAAAGCUUCUCUGAUAUUUUUAAACCAGCAGACAAUUGGGGCCCACGCAAUGCUAAAACUCUUGCCAUCUGGCCU